AUGAAUGUCCACCAGGAUGAUUUGGUUCUUUGGAAUAAAAUUGUAUUACUUCAAAUAAUGCAAACUAAAAUCCAAAUGCGACGUCUAAAUAUUGAAAAGAAAUAUUUUAACUUAUACCGAAAAGUUCAAAUAAAUAAAUAUAAAGAUGACCCUUCUAUUUAUCAAGAAGAAGAUGAUGAGGUAUAUGAUCAAGAUUCAAUCGAUGCUAUUGAUGAAUUAUUUACAAUGAAAAUUCCAAAAACAUCAUAUGUUGAAGACCAUCAAUCACCUUCUGAUAUAGAAUCAAACGAACCAGGUAGUCAAUCCCAAUUUGAAAAAAAUUCUCUUAAACCACUUCAAAAUCAAUCAAAAAAAUCUUUUUUUAAAUAA